AAUCAUCAAAACUGUGGUCAAGACCUUCAAGUAUUUCUUCGGCCUGAGGUUUGAGGUGAAAGGACUGGAGAACUUUGAGGUGGAGGGCCCUGCUGUCGUUGUGUCCAACCACCAGAGCAUCCUUGACAUGAUGGGGCUGAUGGAGGUCCUGCCUGACAACUGUGUCCAGGUGGGCAAGAAAGAGCUGAUGUAUGCCGGCAGUGUUGGGCUCAUCAUCUACCUUGGUGGCGUCAUCUUCAUCAACAGGAAGAGCACCAGCAGCGCCAAGAUGGUGAUGGCGGAGGUGGCCAAGACUAUGGCAACUGAGAACGUGAAGGUAUGGGUGUACCCAGAGGGCACGAGGAACUGCACUGGGGAUUUGCUGCCGUUCAAGAAAGGAGCAUUUCACCUUGCUGUUCUGGCACAGGUCCCAGUGAUCCCUGUGGUGUAUUCCUCCUUCACUACAUUCUAUAACCCAAAGAAGAAUCUGUUUACUUCAGGCAAAAUCAAGGUUGAGGUUCUGCCUCCAAUAGAGACCAAAGGCCUGACAUCAGACGAUGUCUCUGACCUCACUGACAGAUGCUUCCACACCAUGAGGGAGACCCUCUUCAGGCUGUCACGCCAUCCAAGGGAGGUGAAGGACUCGUCCUAGAUGCUUCUCCAGUGGCGUCACUGUGUGGUGGUGGCUGAAGGGACCUGUCUGUUGCCAAAUACCGAAGGAACUUCUCUUCCUCUGCAGUGACUUCUGACUCUGGGAACACCACGGACUGGCACAUGUGGGGUGUCGAGCCAGCACUGAGGUUCCCCGUUGAGUGGAUUUCUCUUAUGGGUUCAUUAUCUUGCGAUGAAACGUCUCCUUUUUCUGAAUUUCUCAGGCAUCAAACUUGUGCUGCCAAAGGGCUCAAUGACCAGAGAGGUGAGUUCCCCCAGCUCAGGCAGCUGGCACGGGGUGACAAUGAAAACCUGGCUGGAGGCUGGGCUCUGCCUC